AUGGGGCAGGGACUCGAGGACAUUCCUGGUUCCUCCUUUGUGGUGCAGAGGAGACCCGAGAAGCAGGCGGUGAGCCCCGAGGCCGCGACCGCCCGGCGCUGCGGGACCCGAGCCGGCGCUGGAGCUUUCGCGGGCGCCCGGCGGCGGGACCCCAGCGCGGCGACGAGGCCGGGGCGGGCAGGCCGGAGGAGGACGCAGCGAGUCCGAGUCCCCAGGCUGCGCACCAGUGAGAGCCAGCGCCCGGAGGUGCCGAUGUCUUCCGGCGUGGCCCCAGCUAAGGAGCCCAACGCUACGGGCCCCAAGGCCGUGGAACUUGUCCUGGUCAAGGAGCAGAAUGGGGUGCAGUUCACGAGCUCCACCCUCAUCAACCCCACGCAGACCCCCGUGGAGGCCCAAGAACGAGAGACCUGGAGCAAGAAGGUCGACUUCCUCCUGUCGGUGGUCGGCUUUGCCGUGGACCUGGCCAACGUCUGGCGGUUCCCCUACCUGUGCUACAAAAACGGCGGCGGCGCCUUCCUGGUCCCCUACCUGCUCUUCAUGGCCAUUGCUGGGGUGCCACUCUUCUACAUGGAGCUGGCCCUGGGGCAGUUCACCAGGGAAGGGGCCGCUGGCGUCUGGAAGAUCUGCCCCCUGCUGAAAGGCGUGGGCUUCACGGUCAUCCUCAUCUCCCUGUACGUGGGCUUCUUCUACAACGUCAUCAUCGCCUGGGCGCUGCACUACUUCUUCUCGUCCUUCGCCGCGGAGCUGCCGUGGGUCCACUGCAACAACACGUGGAACAGCCCCGACUGCGUGGACGCGCGCUCCGCCGGCCCCGGCUCGGGCCCCAACCGCACCCUCCACACCACGCCCGCCACCGAGUACUUCGAGCGAGGCGUGCUGCACCUUCACGAGAGCCGUGGCAUCGACGACUUGGGCCCCCCUCGGUGGCAGCUCACAUCCUGCCUGGUGCUGGUCAUCAUCCUCCUCUACUUUAGCUUGUGGAAGGGAGUGAAGACUUCUGGGAAGGUUGUGUGGAUCACGGCCACCAUGCCGUACGCCGUCCUCUUUGCCCUGCUUCUUCGAGGACUCACUCUCCCUGGGGCCGUCGACGGCAUCCGAGCGUACCUGAGCGUAGACUUCCACCGACUCUGCGAGUCUUCUGUCUGGAUAGAUGCCGCCACCCAGGUGUGCUUCUCACUGGGCGUCGGCUUCGGGGUGCUGAUCGCCUUCUCCAGCUACAAUAAGUUCACCAACAACUGCUACAGAGACGCGGUCAUCACCACUUCGGUCAAUUCCCUGACGAGCUUCUCCUCCGGCUUCGUGGUCUUCUCCUUCCUGGGGUACAUGGCCCAGAAGCACAGCGUGCCCAUCGGAGACGUGGCCAAGGACGGGCCCGGGCUGAUCUUCAUCAUCUACCCCGAGGCGCUGGCCACGCUCCCGCUGUCUUCGGCCUGGGCCGUGGUUUUCUUCAUCAUGCUGCUCACCCUGGGGAUCGACAGCGCUAUGGGCGGCAUGGAGUCGGUGAUCACCGGGCUCACCGACGAGUUCCAGCUGCUGCACCGGCACCGGGAGCUCUUCACCCUCUCCAUCGUCCUGGCCACCUUCUUCCUCUCCCUCUUCUGCGUCACCAACGGUGGCAUCUACGUGUUCACGCUGCUGGACCACUUCGCGGCCGGCACGUCCAUCCUCUUUGGAGUGCUCAUCGAGGCCAUCGGGGUGGCCUGGUUCUACGGCGUGCGGCAGUUCAGCGACGACAUCCAGCAGAUGACCGGGCGGCGGCCCAGCCUGUACUGGAGGCUGUGCUGGAAGUUCGUGAGCCCCUGCUUCCUCCUGUUUGUGGUCGUGGUGAGCGUCGUGACCUUCAGGCCCCCGCACUACGGAGCCUACGCCUUCCCCAAGUGGGCCAAUGCCCUGGGCUGGGCCAUCGCCUCGUCCUCCAUGUGUAUGGUGCCCGUCUACGCGGCCUACAAGCUCUGCAGUCUGCCCGGCUCCCUGCGGGAGAAACUGGCGUACGCCAUCACACCCGAGCAGGAGCGCGAGCUGGUGGACAGCGGGGAGGUGCGCCAGUUCAGGCUGCGCCACUGGCUCCUGGUGUAGAGGACGCAGAGGCCGGGGGGCCCCGCCGCGGGAAGCCGGGCUUCGGGAGAGAUGGCUGCUCGGAGGGUCCCCCUUCUGCAUUCCCGGGACCGCACCAUGCAGAGGCUCAGCCCUGCCCCCCCGCGCCCCUUCUUUGCUGCCAGGACGGGACUGGCCGUCCGUGCUGUGUCGCUGUGAUAACUUGCCGUAGAUCUGUGCCGUCUCCGCGGGUAGAAGACAUCCGUCCGUCCGUGUUCCGUGUGUGCCCCACCAGCUCCCCUCCCCGGCCGCCCUGCAGCGCGGGUCCUGCUGUCGCCCGUGUG